UUUUUUUUCAUCCUUUUAACUUUUGGCCUUCGUCGUACCCAAUUUAUUUCUCUCUCUCCCUUAAAGGCUUUAACCAUCUUUUCUCCAAUUUCAAGAAAAAAAAAAAAUGUCGCCGUCGUUUUGCUCCGGUCGAUGCUCCGUCGCGUUCUUCCUCCUAAUCUCCGCCGUUCCCAUAUCUUACCUCAUUUCCUUAGAGCUAGCCGUUCCUUCGACUCACGUCUUCUCUUACCAUAGCUCCGGCUACUUCCGCGAGUGCGCCAAAUGGGACGACGUUGGUCGGAGGUUCCUCGUCUCCUUCAUGGACGGAGGUGGAAUCGGCGAGAUUGUUAUUAAAGAUUCCGACGACGACGUUCUUGAAGAAGUCACUUUAGUCAAAGACGUUGACCUCGCCGGUAACGCUUCCCUAGGAAUCUCUAUAGACCGCGUCAGAAACCGUCUCCUAGUCGCCGUCUCAGACUUGCUUGGUAACCGUUACAGCGCUUUAGCUGCGUAUGAUUUGUCGACGUGGCGCCGUCUCUUCUUAGCUGAACUCAGCUGCCAUGGUGAUGGUAAAGAGAAAACGUUUGCAGACGAUGUAGCUGUUGAUGAAGAAGGCAAUGCUUAUGUGACUGAUGCAGUAGGUAGUAAAAUUUGGAAGGUUGAUGUUAAUGGGGAGGUUCUGUAUACGAUUACAAGUCCUCUGUUUACUCCACCUGGAUGGUACAAUAACUUUGUUGCCCUUAACGGUAUUGUUUAUCAUCCGGACGGGUUCCUUAUUGUUAUCCACACUUUCUCUGGUUACUUGUACAAAAUCGACUUAACGGAUGGGAAUCAAGUUAGUGUAAUUGAUGUUUCUGGUGGUACAUUGAGGUUUGGAGAUGGGCUUGAGUUGUUGUCUCCAACUAAGAUUGUUGUUGCAGGUAGUCCGUCUUCUAAACUGGUGGAGAGUUUAGAUGGGUGGAAGACAGCUUCUGUGACGGGUUGGUUCAGCAGCGGUAUGGUUCAUAGGUUAGCCUCGUCAGCUACAGUUAAGGAAGGAAGAGUUUAUCUAAACCACAUUGUUGGAUUUGGGUCUAAAAAGAAACACAUGCUUGUAGAAGCUGUGUUUUAGAGACUUUUCUUUAUCUCUUGUUAAAUUGUGCUAAUGAUCUCUACAUGAUUCUAUUCAGCUCUGAUGUAAAAAACUUGUUUCCAUCAAAUUUAUGUUAAUCUAUUACAUAUA